AUGUAAAUUAGAAGACAAGUUUCAAAGGCAGUCAAAGACUACCAAAACCCAAAGAAAAAUACACAUUUUUCACCUUCACCCAUAAAAAGAUAUUAAAGUUCCAAGUCGUUCAUUAUGGCAGCAAAUACCUCGUCUUAAGAUAACAAAGAAAAUCUCGGUGGACCCCUGUUUUCUCAAAUUCAAAGUUUCAGUUCAACCAAAAGACAGCGUAAACCACUUCAACAAGUCUUCAAUGAGAUGCACCAUAACUCAAUGAACAUUGUAAGCAAAGGAUUAGAGAAUGAGAAUCAAGGUUAAAGUGAUGACAAGUGCACCAAAAGUGUGAGUCUAUAUCCAAUUGAAAUUGAGGAAGCGCUCAUUACUGAUAAUUAAUAGCGAUAGCUUAAUUCUCAUUUUAAAAAUAUGACUCAAGAUUCAACACUCAAAAGACGCAGAAAUGAUAAAUAUUCUGCAAAUCACUAAGCCCACUCCGAUUUUGAACUUAAUAAUGCUGAUCUUUAAGAUAUUUAAUAGCAGAAUAUCUCUAAUCAGACAGUUUAGCAGAAUAAUCAAGAAUUCUCAUUAAAGAUAGAUAGAUAAUAGUCAUUGAUAAAAAAUCCAGAAAGCGAAUCACUUAUGGAUACUAGUUAUCACAGCGGAAAUUCGUAGCAUAACAAUCCAAGUGCGAUGUAAUACUCAGGAAGAUGGACCGAUGAGGAGCAUGAAAAGUUUCUUGAAGGUCUUAAAAUUUACGGAAAGGAUUGGAGACUUAUCGAGGAAUACAUAGGUUCAAGAACUUGUGCUCAAAUAAGGUCUCAUGCUCAGAAGUAUUUCAACAAGAUCAACAGAACUGCUUCGAAAAAAUCAAACAAAUCUGAAAGAUAAACUCUUGGAAAAAGAACGCGUGAGGAGGUUAAGGAUAUCAUGAAUCCCUAACCAUAGAUAUAGUCUCCCUUAAAUAAGCCAAUUUAGAAGCCCGAAAACCCAAUUCCACUCUCUAUUAUUCAACAGUAAACAAAGGAGUAAGUUUCAAUGAUUCAAGAAAACCUUCAGAAAUUGGCAGAAGAUGAAUUUCAGCUCAGUCUCUCUUUCCUUAUCUAGCAAAGAGAGAAGAUUUCCUUUGAUUCAAUCAUAAAACGAAUCACCCCAGAAAAUGCAUGCAAGUAAAUGAUACAGAUAUCUAACAAUUUCCACGAAUAAGCCAUGAAAGCUCUGCAAUUAAACAAAUUUGAUAUUUGCAAUCGCAUGGUUGACGAAAGAAAUCUUACUUAAUUCAUAUGCAUACUACUAUCAAAGCAAGUCACUGUUCAGCCCAUUAAGGAUGAUUAGAAUGAAGCAUAAUAAGAGCAGGUUAUUUAGCAUGUGACAACUUCUCAUUCUUAAGAAUCACUAGAAGCAAAUUAAGAGACGAUCUAGUAAAGAAUUCAAAACUUUACUGCAUAAAAGAUCAGAUCUACUAACGCUUUCCCUUCUGAUAUUUUGGCAAAGACUCCUGAGAUGAUCAAAGUUCAAAACAAAAAUAUACUGAAUUACAGUGGCAUUAGCAUGAAUACUCUAAAUCAAGCCUCAACUUUUCACAAUAGUAUUUUCAAUAGUGCAAUGACUUAAAAUAAUAAUGCUGAAAUUUCACCUUUCAGAAAUAUUUUGAAAACUCCACUGCCUCUUUAAAGAGCCACACCAAGAGAUGAUAAACUAUCAGAAAUUAAAGGAGAAUAUUUGAGGAAUCAAAUCCAAAACUUAAUGAUGAAUCAAAGAAACAUUACUGGCUGUGCUAAUUUACUUUCUCAGCAAUCUUUGAAUAAAUGA